AAUGGAAUUGUGGGUAAUGACACACUUCGACUGAAAGAAAGAUGGCACCCAUUCAUGUAAAUGAUGCUGAUAGGAAAUUCAAAUGCGUUUGAUAUGAAGGACUUUGAUAAGUUUUCAGUGAAAAGGUUUAAACGGAAAUAUGCGCAUUUCAUUUUAGAUAGGCAGAGUGAUCAAUUUUCUUGUGAAUCUCGAGGUGAAUGAAGUAUUGCCGGCAUUUUACACGGGAUGCUAUCAUAAACAAUGUUGUUUUGGGGUUCAUGUCGUUGAUGACUAAUGUAAAAUCAUCAAUAUGAUGUGCGACGUGAUGCCUACGAUUUCUGAGUCCGGUUCUAAUGACCGGGAGUCUCAGAGUUCGCAAGAUGAGGCUAACUUCGAGCAGCUGAUGGUGAACAUGUUGGAUGAGAGAGAUAAAUUGAUGGAAACACUUCGCGAGACUCAGGACACAUUAACGUUAACCCAGCAGAAACUCGCCGACGUGGAAAAAGAACGAGACGCCCUACAGGGCCAAUAUCAGACCACUACACCUCAGCAGGAAUUUGCCAGUUUGUCAAAAGAGGUCAACCAGCUACGAGAUCAGCUGUUAGAAAGGGAGGAAGAAGUAGCGGAACUAAAGGCAGAGAGAAAUAACACUAGGUUGUUACUGGAACAUCUCGAGUGUUUGGUAUCCAGACAUGAGCGAUCCCUCCGGAUGACCGUGGUCAAGCGUCAGGCCUCGUCCCCCGCGGGAGUGUCCAGUGAAGUGGAGGUGCUGAAGGCCCUCAAGUCUCUGUUUGAACACCACAAAGCUCUGGACGAAAAGGUCCGAGAACGUCUUCGAGUUGCUUUAGAAAAAGUGGCCUCAUUAGAAGAAGAGUUAACAAAUGCCAAUCAAGAGUUAUUCACAUUACGAGAACAGCAGAGUAAAUCUCGACAUUCCAGUGGGAGUACAGAGGACAGUCUAAAACCCCUAAAGCAUGAAACUCAGGAGACUGACCAUCCAAAACCAGAUAUACACAUCAAGCAAAGGCUGUCGAAUGGCUCGAUUGACCCUGACUCUGAGGUUAACCGGGUCAUCGAACUUCAAGACACGGUGGAGAAACAGAACUCCGAGUUAACAGCGACGCGUACGCGGUUACUGGAAUUAACCAAUAAAAUCACCGAGCUGGAGGAGACCUCCACCACUGCCACCAAAGAUCUGAACAAAGCUCAGGAACAAUUAGUCAAGUUACAGAGAGACCUCAGAGAGUCCCUGGCCCAGAGAGAGGAUCAGGAGGAGAGGAUAGCCACGUUAGAGAAACGUUACUUAAACGCUCAGCGGGAAUCAACAUCACUUCAUGAUCUGAAUGACAAGUUAGAGUCUGAACUAGCCACCAAGGAAAGCCAACUCAAGUCUACUGAGGAGAAGCUGAGACAGGUACAGGAGAGGCUGGAGCUGGCAGAACAGAAGCUACAGCAGUCUCUAAAGAAGGCCGAGGCCCUGCCUACUGUGGAAGCCGAGCUGGCCCAGCGAAUGGAGGCACUGAACAAAGCAGAGGAGUUACACGGGUCCGCGGAGGAGAGAGUGUCCAGGGUAGAACAGAAACUGAAGGAUAACGAGGCAGAGCUCUCCAGGGCUAGAAUGAGAGAGAAGAUGAAUGAAGAACACAAUGCCAGACUGUCAGCUACAGUGGACAAGUUGUUGGCUGAGUCUAAUGAGCGACUACAGCUACAUCUCAAAGAGCGAAUGGGAGCUCUAGAGGACAAAAACCAGCUGACUCAGGAACUCGAACGAAUCCGCAAGGCUCUGGACGAAACUCAGCAAGAAAAGGAGAGGAUAUCUGAUGAUUUGAUUCGUGCUAAUAGGGAGGUGGACACACUCAGGCAGCAGAUAGAACACCUUGCCAGGCCGGGUACAGGGUAUGUCAUCAGAAGUCCGAUGGACGAGGUCACCAGGAGGUCACAGAGGGGACGAGAGCAGUCUCUAGAGGAGGAUCCAACCAAGGUGAACACCCUGAAUGAGCAGGAGCAUGAGAAGUUAAAGCAGGCCCAGAUCCUGGAGAAACUACAGCAGGCUUUUGAUGCCAGUGACACGGAGGGAAGUGAGAAUGAGUCCGUGAUUGAAGCAUUCGAUAUGUGGUCCCCCAGCGGCCCCACUGAUGCUCAGACCCUGGCACUCAUGCUCCAAGAGCAGUUAGAUGCAAUAAAUAAUGAAAUUAGGUUAAUCCAGGAAGAAAAAGAAACCACAGAGCAGAGAGCUGAAGAACUGGAAAGUCGGGUAGGGAGUGGUAGUCUUGAUACGAUUGCCAACAGAUGGCGCACCUCUCCGCCAUUGAGCGAGAGGGCGACGCCCACUACUCGUUCAUUACAAACAAGAGAUUACCUACAAAAGUACCAUACCGCUCCUGCUGGAAUGUCCACUGCCCACCUGUAUACCUACUCCUCCUCUAGUCCUCAGCUAGCUACUGCUGCCAAUGAAAACAAUAUAGCACAGAUGUAUAGUAGGGAUGACUCAACCAUUAAUGAGGAGAACCGACAAAUCAAGUGUGAAUCUAGUCCCCCAACCCCACGAUCUCUGAGGCUCGAGCGAGCCACGGCCAGUCAUAAUACCUCUGUAGAGGAUACACCAAGAACUGUAAUAGACACCACCCAGUCCUCUCAGAGUCCCUUCAGUACACCAAACAGCAGCCAGGACUCUCUCCACAAAAACCAGCAACAACAACAACAGCAGCAACAGAAGAAGAAAGGCAUCAAGAGCUCACUGGGGCGACUCUUCAGCAAGAAGGAGAAACAGAAAGCCAAAGGUCUACCUCAGGAACUGCUGCCUGCUGGAGGUGCGUUUGCGGACCUGAGUGAUGUGGGUGCUGGGGACGCCCUGACUCUGGGUCUGGGUCAGUCCGAGUACGACAGGAGGAAAAAGAAGAAGCAUGAACUUCUGGAGGAGGCAAUGAAGGCUGGUACACCUUUUGCUUUGUGGAACGGACCAACAGUCGUAGCCUGGCUAGAGCUGUGGGUGGGAAUGCCUGCUUGGUACGUGGCAGCGUGUAGAGCUAAUGUUAAGAGUGGAGCCAUCAUGUCCGCACUCUCUGACCAGGAGAUACAGCGAGAGAUCGGAAUCAGUAAUCCUCUUCAUCGCCUCAAGUUACGACUGGCCAUACAGGAGAUGGUCAGUCUGACCAGUCCAUCAGCGCCAAAGACGUCUAGUUCUACGCUGGCGUUUGGGGACAUGAAUCACGAGUGGAUCGGCAAUGAAUGGCUGCCGUCGAUCGGUCUUCCUCAGUAUCGCAGUCACUUCAUGGAGUGUCUGGUGGACGCAAGGAUGCUGGAUCAUCUGACCAAGAAAGAUCUGAGGGGACAACUCAAAAUGGUCGACAGCUUUCAUAGAACAAGUUUACAGUAUGCUAUUAAUUGUUUAAAACGUGUGAAUUAUGACAAGAAGGAAUUGGAAAGGAGAAGAGAGGAAAGUGCUACAGAAAUUAAAGAUAUACUGGUGUGGUCCAAUGAGAGACUUAUAAAGUGGGUCCAAUCCAUAGGUUUACGGGAAUAUGCAAAUAAUCUUAUAGAAUCUGGGGUUCAUGGUGCUUUAAUUGCCUUAGAUGAAAGCUUUGAUGCCAACAGUAUGGCGCUAGCACUACAGAUUCCAAGCCAAAGCUCACAGGCACGCCAGGUUUUAGAGCGUGAAUUUGGGAACAUGUUGGUCAUGGGCAAGAUUUGGAUUGGUCAGUCAUUAUAUUACAAUUAGAUUUGUCCCCCCAUGUGUGACAUUUGAUUGGAUCCUGUCAACCUUUGACCCUGAUGUUAUCCAAUCGUAAAUCCAUUGUGAUGGUGAGUGAAAGUGUCCAGGAAUGCCACUUGAAGCAGAAUUGUUAGAAAGUAAAACAUCAUGUUUGAAUACAAGUUUUUAAUUAUAAACUUUUUAAGUGUGAUUUUUCAGUAUUCUCUUUUGUUCCAAUAGUUGAAAGUUGAAUUUUGUUUUCAAAUUAAGUAAAAUAGAUAAUAUAUUUAAGCUUUUUAUUAUUUUUUAUCGUAGGAAAUUAAAAUACCAGUGUGCAAAAUAUUUCUGAAUGCUGUAAUGUUUGCAUGGUUACCAGAUAUGUUGCAUGUAUUUCUUUUUUUUGUUUGU